GCAUGAUAAUUAUAUAUGUUUGUUUUUAAAAGAAUAAUUAUUGUCCUUGAUCAAAGGUUGACCUUGUUGUUUUCCUUGUUUUGCUAUGUGAUGGUGGAAUGCGUAACUCGAUGGAAUUUGUAUAUUUGCAGAUCCUAAUGGUCCAAUGCUAUACAAAGGAGUAUAUCACCUAUUUUACCAGUACAAUCCCAAUGGUGUAAUAUGGGGUCCACCAGUAUGGGGCCACUCAACAUCAAAGGAUCUAGUUAAUUGGGUCCCACAACCCUUAACAAUGGAACCAGAAAUGGCAGCCAAUAUAAAUGGAAGUUGGUCAGGUUCAGCCACAAUACUCCCUGGAAAUAAACCAGCAAUUCUUUUCACUGGACUUGACCCAAAAUAUGAACAAGUACAAGUUUUAGCCUACCCUAAAGAUACAUCUGACCCAAAUCUUAAGGAAUGGUUUUUAGCACCACAAAAUCCAGUUAUGUUCCCUACCCCACAAAAUCAAAUCAAUGCCACGUCGUUUCGGGACCCGACGACCGCUUGGAGGUUGCCAGAUGGCGUAUGGAGACUGCUUAUUGGAAGCAAAAGAGGUCAACGUGGAUUAUCUUUAUUAUUUAGAAGUAGAGAUUUUGUGCAUUGGGUUCAAGCUAAACAUCCUUUAUAUUCUGAUAAACUUAGUGGCAUGUGGGAAUGUCCUGACUUUUUCCCUGUUUAUGCUAAUGGUGAUCAAAUGGGUGUUGAUACUUCUAUUAUUGGUUCUCAUGUGAAACAUGUUCUCAAAAAUAGCUUGGAUAUAACUAAGCAUGAUAUUUACACUAUUGGAGAUUAUAAUAUCAAGAAAGAUGCAUAUACACCUGAUAUAGGUUAUAUGAAUGAUUCGAGUUUGAGGUAUGAUUAUGGGAAAUAUUACGCUUCCAAGACUUUCUUUGACGAUGCUAAGAAGGAGAGGAUUUUGCUUGGUUGGGCUAACGAGUCUUCAAGUGUGGAAGAUGACAUUAAAAAGGGAUGGUCCGGAAUUCAUACAAUUCCAAGAAAGAUUUGGCUUGACAAAUUAGGGAAGCAGUUAAUUCAAUGGCCAAUUGCAAAUAUUGAAAAGUUGAGACAAAAACCAGUUAAUAUCUAUAGGAAAGUUCUCAAAGGAGGAUCACAAAUUGAAGUUUCUGGCAUUACUGCAGCACAGGCAGAUGUAGAAAUAUCAUUCAAAAUCAAGGACUUGAAGAAUGUGGAGAAAUUUGAUGCAAGUUGGACCAGCCCACAGUUGCUUUGCAGCAAAAAAGGGGCCUCAGUCAAAGGUGGGCUUGGGCCAUUUGGGUUGUUGACUUUGGCUUCCAAAGGAUUAGAAGAAUAUACAGCUGUCUUCUUCAGAAUUUUCAAAGCAUAUGACAAUAAAUUUGUGGUUCUUAUGUGCAGUGACCAAAGCAGGUCUUCUCUAAAUCCGACAAAUGACAAAACAACUUAUGGAACUUUUGUUGAUGUAAAUCCUAUUCGAGAAGGAUUAUCCCUGAGAGUUUUGAUUGAUCACUCAGUGGUGGAGAGCUUUGGAGCAAAAGGAAAGAAUGUGAUAACAGCAAGAGUGUAUCCCACAUUAGCAAUUAAUGAAAAGGCUCAUUUGUAUGUCUUCAACAGAGGAACAUCAAAUGUUGAGAUCACUGGAUUAACUGCUUGGAGCAUGAAGAAAGCCAACAUUGCAUGAUUAUUCAAUUGAUUACUCAAAAACUACCGCUUUUGGUUUUUUUUUUUUUUUUAAACAGAGGAAUAUAUGUUGAUAUUCUUUGUUCAUGCAUUGAUACGUACACAUAAAUACUACAAUAGUUUUUGGGUUGAUUGAAGAUUAAAAACAAACAGUAUGCUUUUCGCUUGGUGAAUUAUUAAUAGACCAGCUUGAAGUGAAUGUCAAUGUAUCUUCUUUUAAACUAAUUAAUAAACAACACGAUUUCUUGUUUCAA